ACACCCACACGGACGGCGGUGUCGGAACAAAAGGAAUUUGUCCAUGGUUAUAGGUUACACAGCCAAGACAUGAAACAAACAAUUAUUUAUGGGCAAGUUAUUGAGAUUUUCAUUUGUAUCUAGUAGAUCUGGUCCAAGCAGAUUUCAAAUGCAACUUUCGUUUCAAGAAAUGGGUUCCAGAUCUGCUCUCAGAGCAGAUAUAGGUGGUACAAAUGAAAACCAGUUCUUGUGACAACAGUCAACACAGCCACAUGCUAUCCAUUUUCAUGGAAAAGUACAAAGUACGAAGUACUGCACCCGAUCUAGUUGGAUAGAGGAGAAUAUCCUCCCAAACUAAAAAGGAAACAUGGAAUAUGGGAAAACCAAAGUGGAAUAAAAUAACAGUGAGGAAAAAACUGAGAAUGAGGCAUAAAUGUCCAUCAUGUCAGACAUCUCUUGACAACCAUCACUAGCUCUCUACAGAAAUCCUAGAAGUGAAGUUUGUGUUGUUAAUCCAAUAUUAUCAUUUAUAAAAUGUCGUAUAAUUCAGAUUCUGACUUGGAUGUGAAAGUGCGAAAAGCCACAGAAAGAAUUUCAGAAAAUAUGCAUAUAGUAGCCAAUGAACCAUCCUUAGCAUUUUAUAGACUACAAGAACAUGUACGCAAAGCUUUAAAUCCUAUGGUGGACCGAAGGGCAGAUGUUAAUAAAUUGCAUACAGAUUUGCAAGGGAGAUGUUAUGAUAUGGAAUAUGCAGUUGGGGCCCUAAAAUCAAUGGACAGCGCAGAUGAAUGUUUUGAUAAUAUUCGUGAAAAUUUAAAAAAUGCGAUUUUUUUAAAACAACAACUUAAAUAUGAAGAAUCCAGGCGAAAAAAAUCAGAUUCCAAUUCAGUUUACAAGAGACUUUCAGCGCAUAUAACUAUUGAUUUACCUGAGCUUCCAGAACUAUCAGAUGUUGUUAGAGAAACUGCCAAUAGAGUGGAAAGUAUGAUGAGUAAAGCUACGCAUUCUACAAACAGCUAAUAAAAAAAUAUGUUUAUUUUCGCAAUGUGGAAAUGUGAUAGGCGAUAAGGUGUAUUUUGACAAAUUUGUCUGGAUUGUAGGAUCUUACUAUAUAAGCUACAAACUAAACAUAUUUUAAAAUAAAAAAUACAUUAUAGGUAAAUCAUCCUAAGAAAUUUGUUAAAAUUUAAUUCAUUGUUUUUUUUUAUGCAAGAUGUUCUCACCGCCAAAAGCCCAACUAUUCUAUAAACUUUUGUUUUACACUACAGGGCUGCAUUAAAAAUUUUCAUUAGGUGAAUAAAGUCUAUUGACAACCCAUUAGGUAAUGCCUGAUGUUGUAUCAGUCUCACGAUAAGCAAUACACAGUUGCAAAAAAGUAGUGUCCGUAACUUUCAAGGAAAAUUUUUCAUAUGAAGGUGAUUAAAAAGUUACAGGUAUCAUAAGAAUAAAAAUUAACUCGUGGGUUCCUUUGUUCUCUGUUUAAUUUUUCAUAUAUAUAUUUUUUAAAUUUCCAUUAUUAAUCUACCAGAAAUAUUUCAUAAUACCUCAAUCAUAUUAGCGAGCACAGUAGUUAAGUAAUAUGGGUUUUAUUGUCCGAUUGCCAGAUUUGGAAGGUUGGCUAAUUUGCCAGAUGUUGACUUCUUUGAUAAUUCAACUUUUGGUAGAUUUAAGACUGUAAUUCAGCGAUUAAAUAAUUUAUUCUCUUAAAUGUAUUUUGUUCCAUUGAAAUGGCUUUGAAAUGGUUUAACCGUCAAUAAAUGUUUAUUUAUUUAUUUAUUUAUUUAUUAGGAUUUCAAUUUGUAAAUUAUAUUUACAUUCGGAAACUUUGUGUUUUAAAAAAUAUUUAUUUGAUUUGAUAAGACACGGUGACAGAAAAAAAUAGUUGGAUCAAUUGCUACAGCAAAAGAUUGAAAACAAAUGAACGUUCCUUAUAGGAAUGCGUUGGCAAUUGCCAGUCACACCCGUUACGAUAUACUUGCGCAAGUGUGAACUCGCAUGAGUAUACACUACAUGUGUUGAAAGACAAUUGCGCAAAUUUCUAGAUUUGUACAAGUCAUCAGAAACAUGGUGGAAAGGGUAUAACCUCAUAAAAGCAUCUAAAAAGCAGAUAAUUGAUAAUGAUUUAGCCUGGCAGUUGGUUGAUAUAACUUGUAUAAUGCCUCAUUCUCACUUACGCGAAAUUCGCUCUUUUUUUGACAUUGCUUCGACAAUUUGACGUUUUAUGCAUGUAUCAAAUGUCAAAUUGUCGAAGCAAUGUCAAAAAAGAGCGAAUUUCGCGCAAGUGAAAAUUAAAAUUAAGUAUAGAUUAACAAAUGCUUUGUCACUUAGAUCAGAAUUUUACGACAAUAAAGCUUGUUUUGAUUUCA